AUCAUACGAACUGGUCCCCUGCUUAGAAAUGGCUGAAGCUCCCCCACGGCCCUGCCGGUUUUUUUGUCACCGGUGUUCAGCAGAGAUUAGUCCGCGUUUACCGGACUACACCUGUCCACGCUGUGAAUCUGGUUUCAUUGAAGAACUACCUGAGGAAAGAAGUACUGAAAAUGGGUCCGCAUCCACGUCCUCCAACAGUGAUCAGAACCGCCCGGCCUUUGAGAGCAUGGAUCACCAACAUUUAUUUACAUUCCCCUCCGGGUAUGGCCCAUUUGCCCUUGGAAUUUUUGAUGAAAACUUCGACCUUCGAACACGGUUACCCGCAGAGGACAACAGAGAGACAGAAAACAGGAGAGAACGAGAAAUGGCAUCACGGCAACGGUAUAGUGCUAGACAACCACGGGGUCGACAUGUUCCUCGACGACCGGGUACGCGUCAUGAAGGAGUGCCAACAUUAGAGGGAAUUAUCCAACAGCUAGUAAAUGGAAUAAUAGCACCUACAGCCAUGCCAAAUAUUGGGAUGGGACCAUGGGGUAUGCUACAUUCCAAUCCAAUGGACUACGCCUGGGGUGCCAACGGGCUUGAUGCGAUCAUUACACAAUUACUGAACCAAUUUGAAAACACGGGUCCUCCUCCUGCAGACAGAGAAAGAAUAAAGAGUUUACCCACCAUCUCCAUUACAGAGGAACAUGUAGGUGCUGGUUUAGAGUGUCCUGUGUGCAAAGAAGACUACAGUGUUGAGGAGAGGGUUAGACAACUGCCAUGCAAUCAUUUGUUUCACAAUGACUGUAUAGUACCAUGGCUGGAACAGCAUGAUACAUGUCCUGUGUGCAGGAAAAGUCUUAGCGGAGAGAACACAGCCACAGACCCACCAGGGCUAUCAGGGAUGAACUUCUCUCCCUCCUCCUCCUCCUCAUCCUCUCCCAGCUCACCUAGCAAUGAGAAUGCUGCUAGCAACUCUUAGAUUUUUACCAUCACCGCCACGUCACAUCUGAAAACCUCAUAAGAAUACGUCAAACAAGACCCAAAGGCUCCUCUCCACAGCUGAGACAAAAACAAUCGUCUGUCUCAAUUCAAGGGGAUGACAUGUGUGAGCUGAACUCUGAAUCUGUUAUAGACUGUUAGUCAUCAUUCCUCCCCCUGUGCUGAUCGGAAGUUGGGUCAAGCUCCUGCUGCUAUCGUUGCCGAGUAUUUGAGGAGGUGGAAUUGGGCAGUGUUGAAGGAGGAUCCAGAAAGGCUGUGAAUAAUAAAAAUAGUAAUAAUAAUAAUAAUAAUAAUAAUAAUAUGACAACAGAAGCAGAGUUUGAGCCAGAGUGGACUACUUUUUGAUGGAGACAUCUCUUUGCCAAGAGGCUGGGACACAUUUUAUAUUUAAGACAAAAUGCUCUUUUUAAAAAGACAUUUCCUGUGGUGGUGCAGAGUACAAAUAUGUGUAGAUAGAGAAUUCAUUUUGAACUGUCGCCCACUGUACAGCUACUGGAUCAAACUAAAACCUUGUGGAAAGGAAGCUGAGUGGAUGCAUCAGAUUUUUAUUUAUUUGCACCUUUUUUUAUUUUGCACAAAAUUCUGUCUGAUGUUUAGGCGAAUGUGGUUAAACUACUGAAAAACGAUUUUUUCACAUUUUUGCAUUGAAUAAGUCUUUUGGGACUUUUUUUUUCUUUUUAUUUGAGCUUGGUCUGGUGUACUUGGUGUAUCUUGACAAGGUAAAGAUCCACAGAGCUCAACAGUGGACACAUUUUUAUUCCUCAAGAGAAACAAAGAAUCACAAACCUACUUAUUUAUUGAACCCUUGCCCAAGACACAAAUUGAGCAAUUUAAAAGGAAAAAAAAGACACAUACGAAACAGGCAUGGGAUCAUCUUACCUCUAUGGAACUGACCAAAUGUGUUUCACAAAACAAGUGUUUAUUAUUUUAUUUACUGAUUUUUCGUACAGUUACAAUAAAGUGCUUCAACAAAUUUGGAGUUUUCUGCUGAUAAUGCACAGUUUCAAAAUGUUACCCAGCUGUUGCUGUUUUAUUUUACACAUUAAAUAACACUUUAAUAUUGAUCAAACCUCAAUUGUUUUUAGUUAGGAGAAAAAAAACAGUUUUUCUUGCCUGCUUUUAUCGGGUCUGUCUCUUUUGAGGCUCACUUUGUUAGAAUGCCAGUAGAUCAUGAACACAUGUUGACCAUGUUUUUACAAAUUGACCCUGUGGUAUUUGAGAUUGUUUAAUGAAAGGUUGCUUUAUGUACUCUUUGAACCUUUAAAUGAUUAUGCAGUAACAUGAUUGUUAGACAAUAAUCCCAACUCGGCCUCUUGUUUGCAGCAGUGGCAUUAAAUUUGACCUUAUUCUGUUUAAAAGGUUGAACCCUCUGGAAGUUUUCAUGUUUCUUUUGCCAUACAAAAUUGAAUCAAAGUAGGUUUAAUGUGGCUUGUUUGACAAUGAUGAACAGAAAAAGAUGCUUUAAUGUCACAGUGAAAGAUGUCUAUAAAGA